CCAGCAGUCCCGCGAAGGAGCGGCUCCCCGGGUGGUGUGGCAAGCAGAGUGUGAGCAUGGCAGCCGAGGCUCUCAGCCCCUCUGACACGGGCCUUCUGCCCGCACCAGUAGGAGCUAUCCUCACCCACGGGGACGACUCUGAUAAGUUAAGUAGAUCCUACCCUUGGGCCAGCAAAAGAAGGAAAAGUCAUCUCUCAGACCUCUGCCGGCUUAGAGCAUCUCUGCCAGGGGAGAAAUGGAGCUCCUACUGUUUGUCUUCACUGGCAGCUCAUAAUAUUUGUACCAGCAAAACUGGUAACUUGUGGGCUCAGUGGGAUUCUGCCUCUCUCUCCACUUCUAUCAGACGUUCAGCUCCUUGCUCCUCUUUCCACCACCUCACUCUGGAGGGAUCCAGCCAGUGUCUCCCAGCUGCUGCACGCAAUCCAAACAAAGCCAUCUUCACAGUGGAUGCCAAAACCACAGAGAUCCUAGUGGCUAAUGAUAAAGCCUGCAAGCUGCUUAGGUGCAGGAGUCAGGAACUCAUUGGUCAGAAGCUCUCCCUCUUGAUAUCCAAAUCCAGUCAGGAGGUGUGGGAAGCUGUGGGUGAGGAGAAAAUAGAAACUGAUGAACACUCAUGGCUGGCUUCAGGAACUGUGGUGGAUGUUGUAGGCAAUCAGAAAGAGAAGAUCCCUGUCUUGGUCUGGCUGAGACAAAUAAGAAGCAAGGACACCCACUGUUGUGUGGUGGUGCUGGAACCAGUGGAGAGGCUUUCAGCAUCUGUUUCCUUCACAGCUGAGGGAGAGAUUACAUCAUGUGACCUCCUUUUUGCCCAUCUCCAUGACUACCCAGCACUGGAAGAGGUAGUUGGGCUCCACAUAAAGGACCUGAUUCCUUCUGUGAAGAUCCCUACCCCAGGCAAAAAAAUCCCAGAGAGUCUCAGGAUCCAGCAAGCCAUAGGGCAAUCCAGAGAGGGUAACAUGUUUCCUCUCAGUUUGAAGCUGCAAGUAAGCCUUCUGGAGGAGAAACAAGCAGCAGUGCAGAAAGAUGGUGUUCCACAGACAGAAAAAGGUGGCUCCUUCACAGGCUACCAUUACUCUGCUACAGUUGUGGUUUUCUGCACCAUCAGUGGUCUUAUUACUGUCCAAUCAGAUGGAACCAUCUGUGGUAUCAAGGAUAGUUUUGCUUUGAUGCUCUUUGGCUACGAAAAGAAAGAACUGUUGGGAAAGAACAUCACAUUCCUGAUCCCUGGUUUCUAUAACAACAUGGACAGAAGCAGGGACUCUUCUUUGUUGUUGCCUCCUCUUGAUGACUCCCCAGGGACAGAGGACAGCAGCUUCUUGGCUGCAUCUUUACCAAGCCUUCUGUCAAAAGAUGAAGAACAGAAAUGGGAAAGAAGACACAAAGAUGACAAAUUAAUACAUGAUGAGACUGAACAAGAGAAUGGGACCAGUUUCUUUUCUCCACCCUUACCUGUUGAAGUGAUAUCCACAGCUUCUAACAGGUUGCCUGUUUGUUCUAGGCUAGAAGACCAUCUAGAUACCACAUCCCAUGGCCCCGUUCAGCCACCUGAUUUUACUUGUAACUCACCUGGAACACCAACAAGAGAUGAGCCACGUUCAGGGAGAGCACCUGACUCCAGACAAGACUUUCAAAGCCACAUAGUUACAGGGCAGUUGCCAAAACCAAACCUGAGGUGUGACACAAAACAUUCCAACCUUGAGAACAUUGUAAUUGAAAGCUGCCUGCUAGAUGAUGCUUCAUCCUUUCCAGCAAAUGGAAGAAAUGCUGUCCAUGAUGCUUGCUCAGGGAAUAAAAUGGCCUGCAGUGCUUUUGCACCAGGAGUUGCCACAACCUCUGAGGAUGUUAAGGAGUUGGACACUGAGCUGAACUGUAUUUGCUCUGGUCUUGAGGUACUAGAUCUGAAUAUUGGUGUCAAGGGGAACUCAAAGAGUUGUUCAGGUAUUACUGCAGCUGAUACAGAAACACUCUCCUCUAGCACAGUGGAAUCUGCUGCAGACAGGAUGCUAACUCAGAAAAACAGUGCCUGUUCAACUGGGCAAGGAGAGCAGCCACUGAAUGGUGUUGCCAUAGAAGAUGGUUCUGGGUGGCUGGGUUCCCAAAGGCAUUUAGAAAACUCCAAAGAAUCCUCCGAAGACUUUCUUGAGAGGCCUGAAACUCUUGCUGAGACUGUGAGGGACAACAUCAACAGAAACUCGCUGAAAAGCAAAGGAAGUCUUCAAGAAGACUGUCAGUUGCCUGGGCAGCAAACUAUGGAGAUAAAAGUAACAUCAACCCCUCUGAAGCAAAAAGGAAAACUGGAUCCAGCAGGAUCUCCUUCAGCCUUGGAGAUUCUGGAAGGCAACUACACUGGGAAUUGCUGUCACAGAGAUGGGUCACAAUUAAGUAUACUCUUUGAAGUGAAACGUAUAGAACUGGAAGACCCUGCCAUACUUUUCUGUGUCUGGGUGGUGAAAGACCUCCUGCAGUGCCAGAAAGAAACUGGAGCAAACACUCAGCUUUCACUCUCCAGUCUUGCAAGCUCUGCCCACUCUGUUGCAGAUAUUUCUACACACAGUCUUGGAGAAGCCACCAGAUCAACUUCACUUCUUGAGAAUUCCAGAAGAGCUGAAGAGCUUGAAGGAUUGAGGGCAUGUGAGGGAGAAUAUUCAAACAAUUAUAACACACUCAGUCUUAUUGGCAAAGGAUCUUUUGGCUUUGUCUGGACUGCCAGGGGCAAGAAAGAUCACAGAGAGGCUGUCACAAAGUUCAUCUGGAAGGAGAAGGUGCUUGAAGACUGCUGGGUAGAUGAUCCUGAUCUGGGGAGAGUUACUCAAGAAAUUGCAAUCCUUUUGAAGCUGCAGCACCCCAAUAUCAUUAAGGUGCUGGAUGUAUUUCAAAAUGAACACUUCUUCCAGCUGGUGAUGGAGAAGCAUGGACCUGGUCUGGAUCUCUUUGCCUUCAUUGAUAAUCAGCCCAACUUGGAUGAGCCAUUAGCAAGCUAUAUAUUUAGACAGCUUGUCUCAGCUGUCGGGUAUCUCCACUGCAGGAACAUCCUUCACAGAGAUAUCAAGGAUGAAAACAUUGUCAUAGCUGAAGAUUUCACAAUUAAAUUAGUGGACUUUGGUUCAGCUGCCUACCUGGAACCUGGCAAAUUGUUUUAUACCUUUUGUGGGACAAUUGAAUACUGCUCUCCAGAAGUGCUGUCUGGCAAACCGUACCGUGGCCCUGAGCUGGAGAUGUGGUCCCUGGGUGUCACACUUUAUACACUGGUUUUUGGGGAGAAUCCCUUCUGUGAGCUGGAGGAGGCCAUUGCAGCUGUCCUGAAGCCUCCUCUGCCUGUGUCAAAAGGUCUCCUGGAUCUCAUGGCUGGGCUUUUGCAUCCUGUUCCAGAGCAGCGCAUGACCCUAGCAGAGUUACUAGAGGAUGGUUGGCUGAAGCAGCCUGUGAACUUGGCUGACUAUACCUGGGAAGAGGUAUUCAUCUCUGCUGAGACAGAAAGCAACAACAGCUUCAACAAGUUCUGGUGA